CUACACUAACAUCAUCUUUGUGUCAGAAAACUACUAUGAUAUAGUAGCUGCAAGAAUAGCAGAAUCAGUUUUAAGAGGUGAAUACAGAUGGUCUAUUUCCCAUCCAUUGCUACAAAAUGAACCGUUUGCUAAAGAGAGUUCUUGAAGAUCCGAAUGUUAAACAAUGGGUUAAGACAACUGAUUUUCCUUCUACGGAUUGUGAUGAUAAACAUAUCAUCUACUGGGCAGUACUCUCAAAGAGUGAAUACGUAGUGAGGACCGUCAUACAGCUUACAGAUCACAUUUUCUCAGAGAGAGAAAUCAAGGCAGCUCUUGAUGCCUCAAUAUUGAGUGGCAGCAUGGCAGUAAUGGAGGUAUUGUUCACUGCGUUUCAAGACAGGAUACCUCAAAACACUGUUUCCGAAUUGUUUCUUGAUGCUGCAGAAAGGGAACACAUUGAAAUGGUAACGUUUCUACUGCAGAAAGGGGCGGACAUAACAAAAACUAAUGAAGAUAAGGACAACAUUUUCCAUGUAGCAGCUAGAAGAAAUAAUAUCGGGAUAGUGGAUGUUGCACUGCGCUUCACUGAACAGCGUAUCCUUGUGAACAGCCGAAACAAAAACGGCACGACACCCAUCAUGGCGGCUGCUUUGACCGGUUUCAUGAGUGUAUUUUCCAGAUUAUUGGCGUAUAAGGCUGAUCUCACCCUGCUUGAUGACGAAGAUGAAGGUGUGUUACAUUAUGCUUGUCAAGGUGGUAACACCUCUAUUGUUCAACACCUUAUCCCAGUUUGUGAUAUUAACAAGAGAAGGCGUGAUGGUCGGACCCCAGUCAUGCUGGCGGCUCUGCAUGGUCAGAAAGACGUUUUGCCUUACUGGUGUCCAAUGCAGCUGAUCUCACCCUGGUUGAUAAAAAUGGCGGUGUGUUACAUUAUGCUUGUCAAGGUGGUAACGCGUCUAUUGUUCAACACCUCAUCAGAGUUUGUGAUAUUAACAAGAGAGGGCGUCAUGGUCAGACCCCAGUCAUGCUGGCAGCUCUGUAUGGUCAAAAAGACGUUUUGACUUACUGGUGUCCAAUGCAGCUGAUCUCACCCUGGUUGAUGACGAAGAUGGCGGAGUGUUACAUUAUGCUUGUCAAGGUGGUAACGCGUCUAUUGUUCAACACCUCAUCAGAAUUUGUGAUAUUAACAAGAGAGGGCGUGAUGGUCAGACCCCAGUCAUGCUGGCAGCUCUGUAUGGUCAAAAGACGUUUUGACUUACUGGUGUCCAGUGCAGCUGAUCUCACCCUGGUUGAUGAUAAAGAUGGCGGUGUGUUACAUUAUGCUUGUGAAGGUGGUAACGCGUCUAUUGUUCAACAC